UGUGUUCUGCUAAGUGAUCAGUACAAGAAUGCUCCUAAAACAGCAGCUUUUACAGAUGCACUUGUGAUGACAGUUUGAUUGAAUGUUGAAUCCAUUAUUGUCAGGUUGGUGAGUGAUCGACAUUCCAAGAUGAGCCCUCAGUUGUUCCAGCAAACUCCACCCACCAUGAACAACCUUUAACAUCCUCCUGCUCUUAGAUCUUCUUUUCCCUGGCAGGGGAAGCCAUCGAGCCCGAUGCAUCUCCAAUGUACAGUCCCCAAAGAGCUCUGAAAGCUUGGCCCAGUACAUGUGCCACCUCUAUGUGUCUUGCUUUCCAAACCUUGAAGACAUGGCUUCAAUCAUGGUUGACCCACCACAAUGGUAACUCUCACAUGUUCAUCCUUUUAAUUCCUUGACAAAGAGCUCAAGAAUCCAAUGAUGACAGCAACCCCUCCUGCAUCAGCCUCAGUUCUCCCCUCUCCUUACUGUAAAGGAAUCACCACAAAGAAUUAAUUACCUUCUGGCAAAUCUCAGCUCAUCAUCCUCUGCUAUGCAUCUCUCAGUACCCAGACACAAGAUAAAGAACAGCUGAGACAGGAAAGUGUACAGGAUCCGUGCAGCAAAAUCCUUUUCUCCAAUCACUUCACUGUUCCUUCCAUUGAAAGUUAAGUUACAGGGGAAGGCGAACAAGAAGGGGGACAGAGAUGCAGAGGAGUACUAAAAGGAGGGUCGUAAUGAGAAGUGCAGUGGUGGUGGUUGGCUCCGCUAGUAGAACCACGAUGAAGAUGGAUGAAGCUAGAGGUGGAAUCAAGGUCUUCAAUGGAAAAGAGAGUCACAAAAAUGACAGCAAUGCAGACCAAGGAGGAGAGCGCGGCUGCAGGAGACUGAGGAGAAACCAGAGCGACAGUGUUACCCCUUGUAAGCCAUCGAAGGAGAAUGCGUUGAUUGAGAGGAGUGCAGUCAAGAUCCGGAAGGCCAGUUCGGACCUGUCAAACUCUCCGACGACUUCAACCAAGCAGGAGCAAGUUCUGCUACUUGGUGAUGGUAAUAAAGGCAACGGAGGUGAAGGGAAGGUGGAGAAGGAAGUUGAGAUUGAGAGAGAGGAGGGAGAUAAGAGCUUUGUCGAUAAAAAGAUGGAUCAGCCGGAGGAGAAACCGAUGAGCGUGAGAGAGCAGGAGGAGGAAGAUGAGGUGAAUUAUGAGAACCAGGAUAUUCCCGUGCCAUCACAGGAUGCAGAAAAGGAUCAGCUUCCUGUGAGUGUGUCAUCAAUGAACGUGGUGGAAAGCAAGCAGAAUCCUGUGACAGAACACAAGGCGAUGAAUCCAGAUCCGGCAGUUCUACCUCAUCCUGAAGCGGCAGAAGAAAUUUUUGGAAGCAACUCCGCGAAGAACAACAGAAUGCAAAGCAUUGCAAACUUGGUUAUGUGGAGAGACGUAUCGAAAUCAGCCUUCGUUUUCGGUUCAGGAACCUUCUUCCUCGUCUCCUCCUCCUACACCAACGAUAUCAACUUCAGCCUAAUCUCGGCAAGUUCAUAUGUUGGGCUCUUCUACCUUGGAUUUGCAUUCCUUUGUAAGUCCAUCUUGCGCAGAGGAGAAACAAUGGAGUGUGACGAGAGGGAUGAGAGGUACAUGGUGGGAGAGGAAGAAGCAAUCUGGCUCCUAAAGCUGCUCCUUCCUUAUGUUAAUGAGCUGCUUCUAAAACUCAGAAGCCUCUUCUCCGGUGACCCUGCAACAACUUUGAAGUUGGCAGUGCUGUUGUUUGUGAUGGCAAGGUGUGGAAGCUCCAUCACAAUCUGGAGUCUUGCCAAACUGAGUAAGAUUAGACAUGGAAGACAAAAUGUUCUUUGGAGUCUUCACCAUCCCAAAGAUCUGCUCCUCUUACUCCACUCAGCUGGCAAAAUUUGGCAAGUUUUGGUUGGAGCGGCUCGGAGAUGGAUGGGAGUCAUGCACCCACAAGAAAGCAGUGGCCACUGCAAUCUUCGCCCUCGUUUGGAACAUCUCCUCCACGGUUGCUCGCAUCUGGGCAUUUUUCAUGGUGGUGGUGGCUGUGAAGCUCUACCAGCAAUGCGCAGCAGAGCACAGGUGGUGUGGGCAGGAAGAGGAGGGACAAGAAGACGCUGUGGCAGGACAAAGCCAGGGACUUGGAUCACACCAACACAGAGGUAGGAAUCAGGUGAAGAGAGAGGAGAAGGGGGUAAAAGUAGGAGAUCCAAGAGGAGGGGUUGGAAAGAGAUCAAAGUGAGUGAUGGUUGUCACUUGUGGUACUCUUGUGAUGUGAUGAAGCUACCUUCACUGGGCACAUGCUUUGCUUUCUUACUCCCUGUCAACAACAUGAUCGAUUUUGGUCAGAGCUAAUGUUUCUGUCAUUCCUCUCUGCACAGUGGUUUCAGAGUCCAAUCUUUAAUAAUAUCCUGU